AUGGCAAAACAAGUUGAGGGUUCUUUGAUUCUGUUUCCUUACGGCGAUUUGCAGCGUGCGACCAAGAACUUCUCUGAGAUGUUGGGCAGUGGUGGGUUUGGCUCUGUUUUUAGAGGGACAUUAGUUGACUCAACCGAUGUAGCUGUGAAGAAGCUUGACGGCUUGAGACAAGGAGAGAAGCAAUUUCGAACCGAGGUGAGCACAUUGGCUGCUAUUCAACAUGUCAAUCUGGUUCGCCUUCGCGGUUUCUGCUCCGAGGGCUGCAAAAGGCUUCUAGUUUAUGAGUUCAUGUCAGGAGGUUCCCUGGACUAUCACCUCUUUCGAAACAAUUCCGCAGUUCUCUGCUGGAAGAUGAGGUAUCAAAUUAUUCUUGGGAUUGCGAGAGGAUUAGCCUACCUCCAUGAGAAGUGCCGGGAGUGCAUCAUACACUGCGACAUAAAGCCAGAUAACAUACUUCUAGACAGGGACUUCUGCGCCAAAGUUGCAGACUUUGGCAUGGCGAAGCUCGUCGGUCGUGACUUCAGCAGGGUACUGACAACCAUGAGGGGAACUGUUGGCUAUCUCGCACCCGAGUGGAUCUCAGGCCUACCAAUCACCUCCAAGGUCGAUGUCUACAGCUUUGGGAUGAUGCUCUUUGAACUGGUAUCAGGCAAGCGAAACACAACGCACUCCGUGGAUGGUAGCAACAUCUUUUAUCCUUCGUGGGCUGCAAGAAAGAUUAUUGAAGGCGAUAUAUUUAGCUUAUUGGACCAUAGAUUGAAUGGUGCUGAUGACACUGAAGAGCUAACCAGUGUCUGUAGAGUUGCUUGCUGGUGCAUUCAAGACUCUGAAGGUCACAGGCCAACAAUGGGACAGUUGGUGCGCAUCCUAGAGGGAGUCCUGGAGGUGAGCAUGCCGCCACUUCCUAGGGCUCUUCAGCUUCUCACGGAAGAUCAGAGCCAAAUUCGUUAUCAUUUGUCAUCCACGGAGUACGAAGAUGCACUUGAUCAAUCUCUGAAUUUCUAUCAGUAA